CCCCUCCCAGUCCGGAGGUGACGUCCCCUCCACCUUUGGGUGCUUCCGGCCGGAAGAGGCCCCGGGGGGACCCCGAGCUUUUGGGUUUGGGGCGUUCGGGGAAUUUUGGGGUGUCCAAUUUUGGGGGGGGAGGGGGAGGGUUGAGGUUUCCCACAAUUUUUUUGGGGUAUCCCGGUGAUUUUUAGGCUAUCCCAGAACUUUCGAGGUUUCCCAAGAUUUUUUUUUUUGGGGUGUCCCGGUAUUUUUUGGGGUUUCCCAGGACUUUCGAGGUUUCCUGGGAUCUUUUGGGUUGUCCCAGGAUUUUUUUGGGUUAUCCCGGGUGGAUUUUUGGGGUGUCCUGAGUGAUUUUGGGAUCUCCUGAGUGGAUUUUUGGGAUCUCCUGGGUGGAUUUUUGGGUUAUCCUGGGUGGAUUUUUGGGGUGUCCCAGGAUUUUGUGGGGUUAUCCCGGUGAUUUUCGGGUUAUCCUGGGUGGAUUUUUGGGGUGUUCUGGGUGAUUUUUGGGAUCUCCUGGGUGGAAUUUUGGGGUGUCCGGGUGAUUUUUGGGUUAUCCCAGGUGGAUUUUUGGGGUCUCCUGGGUGGAAUUUUGGGAUUUCCCAGGUGGUUUUUGGGUUAUCCUGGUGAAUUUUGGGUUAUCCCGGGUGGAUUUUUGGGGUGUCCCGGUGAUUUUUGGGAUCUCUUGGGUGGAUUUUUGGGGUGUCCUGAGUGGAUUUUUGGGGUUUCCCAGGAUUUUUUUGAGCUGUCCCGGGUGGAUUUUUGGGGUGUCCCAGUGAUUUUUGGGUUAUCCCGGGUGCAUUUUUGGGGUCUCCUGGGUGGAAUUUUGGGAUUUCCCGGGUGGAUUUUUGGGGUGCCCCAGGAUUUUGGGAUGAGCCGGGGGGGGCGGCAGGGGGGGGACAACGUCCCCUCGGAGCUGCUCGGGGAGGAGGAAAACGCGCGAGUGUUCGAACUGCUGGGCAGGAAAUGUGUGAGCCUGGGGACGGCCGUGGUGCAGCUGCUGGUGGCCGAGCCCGGGGGGGUCCCCAAAAAUUCCGGGGGGGUCCCGGGGGGGUCCUGGAGCCUCCGGGGCUGCGGCGUCGCCUGCCUGGUCCGGGACAGCCCCCGGCGCUCGUAUUUCAUCCGAAUCUUCCGCCUGCCCGCCGGGCUGCUCUGGUGGGAGCAGGAGCUGCAGGGGGGGAUGGGCUACAAGAGCCCCACCCCCUUCUUCCACACCUUUGUCAGUCACGAGGGGUGGGCGGGGCUGAACUUCGCCUCCGAGGCCGAGGCCGCCGCGUUCCAGGGGAGGGUCCAGGAGAGGCUCAGGAGGCGGCAGCAGCGCGCAGGUGAGAGACCCCUCCCCGAAAUGCACCUGGGGAGCCCCAAAUUGUACCUGGGGAGCCCUGAAAUGCACCUGGGGAGCCCCAAAAUGCACCUGGAGAGCCCCGAAAUGCACCUGGGGAACCCCAAAUUGUACCUGGGGAGCCCUGAAAUGCACCUGGGGAGCCCCAAAAUGAACUGGGAGCCCAAAAUGUACCUGGGGAGCCCCAAAUUGUACCUGGGGAGCCCCAAAAUGCACCUGGAGAGCCCCGAAAUGCACCUGGGGAACCCCAAAUUGUACCUGGGGAGCCCCAAAAAUGGAACUGGGACCCCAAAAUGUUAA